AUGACCGGCCUGACUCCGCCGUCAUGCCCCACCCGUUCUCCGACGUCAGUCAGCAGCGAUACCACCGGAAAUUGCAGAAAAACGGCCGGUUUUUACCCAGAUUUUCCGAAGCUCGUUCCGGCGAUUCCGGCCACCAAAUCUUGCGAUCAAGGGGAGACUUUGCCGAAAUUUCGGCAGAAAGUCUCGUGCCCUUAA